AUGGUUGGCAAAUCGAAGGGCACGGCUUUGCGACGAUUCGAACAAAUCGAAAGACGGCUUGAAAAGGAUGCCAGUUUACGCAAACACUACGAUGACUUCAUGCAGGAAUAUAUCGACUUGGGGCACAUGAAAAUUGUUGGAAGCGCAGACGAGGUUCCUGAGGCCGUUGGAACGGUUUGCUAUCUUCCACAUCUUCAAAGAAUCCAGCACAACGACGAAGAAUUGCACAAAGCUAAAGAAGCGUUGGCCAAAGGAGUUCCACAGAACGAGUUUGCCCAGGAGUUAAAAGAUUUGAAACUGAGCAAAACCGUAUCACACCAGUCGACAUUAAAGCUGCUGCGGCCGUUUCUUGACGAAAAUGGAGUCAUUCGUCUCUGGGGUCGGAUUCAACAUUCCAAUGAGAACUACCAUACCAAUUAUCCCAUAGCCUUACCAAGCAAGCACCCACUAUCUCGCCUCAUCGCAGUUCAUUUUCACACCCAGAAUUUUCACGCUGGUCCUCGCAUGACGUUGUAUGCUAUUCGUCAAGAGUUUUGGCCUGUAAGGGGAAGAGAUCUGGUAAAUGUCGUUUGUCAUAACUGUUUCUGUCACCACCCUGUACCCGCAACUCCACCUCAAGGUCAACUGCCUAAGGCUCAAACAGUCUCCAGCUCUCCGUUUGCUACUUCGGAUGUAGACUAUUGCGGCCCGGUAUACCUUAAACCCACCCACCGGCGUGCAGCCUCACGUAAAGUAUUCAUAGCCGUAUUUGUUUGCUUCGUCACAAAAGCAGUCCAUCUUGAACUUGUGUGCGACCUAUCAACAGAUACCUUCAUAGCAGCCUUCCGUCGGUUCAUCGCCCGGCGAGAAAUGCCAGACGAAAUAUACUCCGACAAUGGGAAAAAAUUCCAGGGGGCGAAGAACAAAAUCUCAGAAAUGUACGACAUGAUCAACAAUCAACGGAACAAGGAAAUCAUCACUGACGAAUGCAGUCAUCGUGGGAUAGUUUGGCGUUUCAUUCCACCAAAAGCACCGAAUUUUGGAGGCCUCUGGGAAGCAGCAGUAAAAACAGCAAAAAGUUCGCUCCUGAAGACGAUUGGCGGAACUCAGUUGUCUUUUGAAGAUUUCGCCAUUGUUCUCACGCAGAUCGAAGAAAACAUGAAUUCGCGCCCACUUACACCACUCUCUGAAGAUCCAACUGAACUGGAUGUGUUGACUCCGGGUCAUUUUCACAUCUGA